GAGGAAUAUAAUUACAUGCCUAAGGUUACAGAUUGCCUGGUUAGAUGUCUGGAUGAAGAAAAACCUCCGAAAAAAGAUGAACCACAAAUCCAGCUCUCGUUAGACGUCAACGAAAAGGCCCAUUCUCCUCUGCGAUUCGCCCCAUCAUCACCUAUUCCAAGAGUUUCCUCUGCCCAUAACUUCAAUCAGGUAGGCUCUUUCUCGUCCGCGAAGGAGAAGGCCCCAGCAUCCAACGGGAGUGGAGAUAAUGGUAGCGGAACAAAAUCGAAACAGCAUCAUCCUCUCUCCCCGAAUUCGGCAAGAGCAUCUUCUUCACAUGGGAAUCAUCUUCGGUCUUCUGGUAAAGUUCGUUUGUCCCUCUCGUCAUGGGAUAUCAAGACCGAUUUUGGCCCUGAUGAUGUCAGUAUGAAAGAUCAGCCAGCGCCCAGCGACUCAAAGAGUGUCCGCCAACUAGCCUACUUGACUUGGUGUCAACAGCGUCAACGACGACAACGUACUUUAAAAGAAGUGGAACAGGCUGACGGCGACACUGAAAAGGACAAGCAGAAGCGCCAAGAACAGGUGAGGCGACUGGGUUCAAGAAGCGUCUUAUUCACUACUUCUCAAUAG